CCGCGCGUAGAUUGCGGUAGAUCAAAUUUUACUCGAAAAACGGACAACCGCCGGCGGCUUGUUUAUAAUAAUAAAAUUGACUUGUCCUUGAACAAGAACCGCCCCCGCUGCUGCGACGGUGGAGAGCACGUAUCACAAACACAGAGAAAAAAUACUAAUUCAAGCCCUUCGUAAAGGUGCCAUCGAUAGGGAGUCAAGUGUAAAGACGAAAAGAUGGAAUGGCUCAGAUGUAACAAGUGUUAUAAAAGUUUACUCAAAUCGAGUAAUAACUUCAUUAUGACUCUUUGCGGUCACAUAUUUUGUGAUUCCUGUUUAUCCAAAGCCCCUGAUUCAAGAUGCUACGAGUGUGGAACGCUUGUUUCUCGCUCGCUACCAUUGACGAAUCCCCCUAAAUUGGAGACAAUCAUCAAUUAUUUUUCAUCGGCUACACAUGUCCUGCAGCACACGGCCAAAGCGGUGAAGUUCCACGACGAACAGUUGGCCAUUAGCCUCCGUGGUUUUGACAUACUGGAAAAAAAAUACGAGUUGGCAAAAAAAUAUUAUGAAGAAUCAAGAAACGCAGUGAGACACGAGCAGCGACAGUAUCAAACCAAAGUGGACCUCAUUAAAAAAAUGACCGCCGCCGUGCAACCUUACAGAGCGCUGUUGAGCCAACGACGCAUUGUCUCGACUCCGUCAGUCAAUCCGCAUCAAGCAGUUUUUGAGACACCACCGAUUUCCGGGAGUAGUUCCAACAGUAGCUGGAGACAAGGCAAGCGUCAUCGCGACUUUACAUCGCCGGUUGAAUCGAAUAUAGAACGACGCCAAAUCUUCCCUGGAUCCCGACCCAUCCCGACUAGACCCGGAUAUCCGCCAAUUUCUGCAAGCAGUUCCAGCAGCGGCUGCAGCCGAAGCAACCAGAGUUUCGAUAAUACACCGGUGGCCCAACGCAAUGCAGAACGACGGCAACACCUCGACGGAUCCCGAUCGACGAGGACGAAUUUAAAACUGUCUUCAGAACUAUCUCGAUAUUCGUGGGUCUUUGUCCGUUCUAUAUCCUCAAAAAUUUUGCAAAAGCGAUUAUAUUUAAUUGAUAAAAAACUGCAAUCGUAUUUGACCAGCUCCAACUACAGCAGAGGUGGUUGCCCCGAGCCGAGAUCAGAACGUUCGAACAUGCUUCGCCCUUCGAAAUCGACUAUGGAGCCCGUGGAUCCAAAGCACUUCGAGUCGCCGAUGAUCGUUUCUCAGAGCGAAUUCGUUGUUCCGAGCAUUAAAAGAGUCCCGAAGUCGGCCAUGUCCUACAAAAGAAAAAACUCGAUGAAAGAACUUCCGAGACUCAGCGCACCGAGAUUCUGACACGAUCCUCCGAUCUUCUCUUUUGUUGAAAGGCCAUCGAUUUUCGUUUAAUUGUAACGAUAAAAAAAAAUCAUUAAUAUAGUCACUAAUUUCAAUAUAUUACAAAACAUUAUUUAUUAAACGUGUAACGAUUAUUAAUAACGUUGACAUUGACGCUGUAGCGCCGAAAACUGAUUAUUUUCUUUUUGUUUUUUUCAACAAUGUUUUUCCAUACGUAUUAAUUAUUUGUUUUUUCCCCGAUGAGCCUCAAAUUGCUCUCGCGUUGGGCGCGGCGCCACGAAUAUUUCGAUACAAGUGGCAGUGGUUUUGUAAUUUCGAGUACACCCCUCCAAAGGCCACCUCCGCGACGCCCAAUAAUGCUUAUUACGAAAUGUGUACUCUAAACCACAAAAUAAAUAAAUAAAAACCAUUACACGCU